AUGAGCAAAAAAAAGGACUCCUCUCAAGAGUCCGUUAAAAUAAAUAACGAUCCAGAAUCAGAUUCAGAAGAAGAAUCGGAAAAUGUCGAACAUUCACGCGAGAUUGAUGGCUCUUCGACUGUAAAAAUGGUACCUAUUGCAAGAAUUGUCGCACGAGGAAAAAAGAAACCAUCCGAAUCCAGAAACAAGUCAAAGAACAUGCCACGUAGAUCCAAAUGCUGCAGAAUUUAG